GUCACCAUGGAUGAAGGUGAAGAACGAGCCUAACUGCAAAGGGACGCCUCGCGCGUCGUCGCUUGGGAAGAAAAGGAAGGUGGGGGAGGACCGUGCGGACGGCGAGAGCUCGGCGUCAGACCCCUCUUGCCCGUCGGGCUUCUCCGGCCCCUGGUUGUCGCCGCCCGCGACAAGCAAAGAUGUUGACUGGAAGGCAGCGAGGCGGCUGCUGCAGGGCACCGUCACGCCGUCGCUGGAGCGCGAGCUUGCCGCGUUCAAGCCCAGCGAGGCGGCUGCUGCAGGGCACCGUCACGCCGUCGCUAGAGCGCGAGCUCGCCGCGUUCAAGCCGGCCGACGUCGUCGCCUCAAGCUACGUGUAACUGCUCCAGACGGCGAAUGAGGUGGCCUUCUCGCUUACGCUCUGGAGCUGGAGGACAAGUACUAGCCAAAUGCUUGCUUGCUGUUCGCUCCUUGACAUUUUGAUGCCUCUGCUCAUCAUUU